ACAGAUCACUAAUCCAGAGAUUUUGACUGACUUUUACAAAAAUUAAAAACAAAACAAAAUAUAAAAAAAAAUUACUAAUUAUAUACGAAUUUGAUACAAAUUAUCAGGUUGAGGAUACAAGAAAGAUUCUCAAAUCAAAAUUUUAUAGCAGUGAUCCCCCUAACAGUGGAAUAAUAAUGGAAAGUGACGAGCUUGGAGGCGAAUUGGUCAGGCUGGACAACGGUUUUCUGGUUGAUGAAGAAACGUAUACCGUGGUGAACUCUGAUGAUGUUUUAGAACAAGAAGAAAAUAAUUCAGAUUCUAACAGUGGUAAAAAUGCACCCCUCCGAGAACAAGAUAGGUUCUUACCUAUUGCUAACAUUGCUAAGAUUAUGAAAAGAGCCAUACCAGAAAAUGGCAAGAUAGCAAAAGAUGCGCGGGAAUGUGUACAGGAAUGCAUAUCAGAGUUCAUAUCAUUCAUAACAAGUGAGGCAAGUGAUCGCUGCCAGAUGGAGAAGCGGAAAACUAUCAAUGGAGAAGAUGUUCUCUUUGCCAUGAAUGCACUCGGGUUUGAUAACUAUGUGGAGCCUUUGAAGAUAUACCUUAAGAAGUAUAGAGAAAUUAUCUUAUCACCGGUAACAAUCAACAAACUUAACAAAACAAUAGUGUUUUAUGGAGGUGGCACACAAUGCACUUCUAGUGAAAAUGAAACAGAAUCUACAGAAACAGUUAUAUAUGGCUACCCUAAAGUUGUCGGUGACUAUGAAAUUUCCUAGUUCUAGACUUGAUAACGGUUGUAACUUGUGACAUGUUUGAAAUCAGUUGUAAGGUAACUUGGUUUUGAUGCAAAACGUAACACUUUGGACACAGUCAGUGGAACUAAGGAUAUAAAUACAAAUUAACAUAAAUGAAAGUUGUGUGUAAAGUAACACUUUUCUGUUACUGCUGUCUUCACUCAUUCCUAAUAAUAUAACUGUCUAAAACAAAAAUAAAACCGGUCAAGUGCGAGUCAGAUUCGCACACGAAGAGUCCCGUACCAUCGUACCAGUAAUAUUUUUUGGCGGUUAUUUUGAAAUUUUUAUUAUUUGUGAUAGCGUAGCGGCAAUAGGAAUAUACAUUCUGUAAAAAUUUUACGGUUCACGAGAUAUAGCCCACUGACAGACGGACGGACAGACGGCUGAGGCUUAGUAAUACGGUCCUGUCUGCACUCUUUGGGUACGGAACCUUAAAAAUCAAAGUCAAGUCCGGGUAAUCUCCAGGCGACGACGAUUAUGCCCACAACGGUGAUCCGCGCUUGUCGUCAGUGUCACUCGUCGCAUCGUUGCUAUAAUUUUUUUAUAUUUAUUCUAAUACAAGUUAGCCCUUGACUGCGAUGUCACUGGGUAGUAAAUGAUCUAGUCUAUGAUGGAAGCGGACUAACUUGGAAGGGGUAUAGCUUUUGACAAGGCAAAUGAAACAAAAAUUAAUUAGGCUAGAAAAUUUAUUAAUAGGAAUUUCAUAAUAUUUAAUAAGGAAAAAUGAGUUGUAAAUUGGUUUUAUUAUCAAGGUUAAGAGGUAGACUCUAACCAAACAUUACAUUUUUAAUGCAAAGAGUAUUUCUAUACAUUGUUUUUUAAUUUAAUUAAUAUAAGUUAUCAUUCA